AUGGGUUCUCUGGUUUUCUGGGUUCUUCUGUUGGGUUCUCUGGUUCUACCCUUGAAUUCUUCCCCUUUUAACCCUUUUGUGUUCUCACACAGACCUCUCUCGUCUUCUUUUAAUGGCCUUUCUGAAAAUUUCUACGCAAAAUCAUGCCCAAAAGUCGAAAAGUUAAUCUGGAAUGCUUUGGGUUGCGAGGGCUCGGUGUUGAUCACAUCUACGGCGCAUGAUGCAGAGAGAGAUGCUGAUCUUAACCUGUCUUUGCCCCCAGAUGGCUUUGAUCUUGUCAUCCGGGCCAAGAAGAUUGUUGAAGCAGCGUGUCCUGGCGUGGUUUCCUGCGCUGACAUACUCGCCAUUCUAGCCCGUGAUGUUGUCUACUAUGCGAAGGGUCCAUGGUGGCCGGUUGACAAGGGGAGGAGGGAUGGAAGGAAUUCCAAGGCUGCAAACGUUGCUGCCAACGUGCCAAGUGGCUACUCCAAUUUGACCGAUCUUAUUGAAAGGUUCCAAUCCAAGGGCCAAUCUAAAUUUGAUCUCGUGACACUCUCUGGGGCCCACAACCUCGGUUUAACCCAUUGCAAAGAAUUUGCCAAUCGCCUUCGCCAACCUGAUCCUACAAUGAAUGAAACGCUCCGGACGGGUCUUAUAAAUGGGUGCCCGUAUCCGAAGAUCGACCCGCUGGUUGUGGUACCAUUCGAUGAAACGCCGGCUCAGUUUGAUAACGGGUAUUACGAGAACUUAAGGCUGCACAGAGGAGUGUUGACGUCCGAUCAAGCCCUGUUUUCAGGCGGCGACGAAUAUAUCCGAAAAAUGGUUUUACGGUUUGCCGAAGACAAGGAGCAGUUUUUCAAGUUGUUUGGUUAUGCCAUGAAGAGGUUGGGAGCUGUUGGAGUUAAAACUGGAACUGAAGGAGAGAUUAGAAGGGAAUGUACUAGCUUCAAUUGAUUCUUCUAUUGGCUGUUUGAAACAAUAGAGAGAUAAUG